UCUUUUUUUCAAGAGUUGUCUUUCCUGACCCAGAAACGAUAGUGCUUUUGUUGACAUUCAGAAUACUAAAGCUUUUUUAUAAGCAAUUGACACGGACAAUGAGUAUUCUUGCAAGAGUGUUUUCCAUAUUACAGAACACAUCAAGCCACACUGUUUGUCCAAAGUGUUCCAAAUUUUUACAAAGAUGUAACUACAGAGCCACAUCCUUAUCUUUAGGGAAGUGGGAACCAGAUGGUUUAAAUCAACCACCAGAAAUACCAGAAUAUGACGAACUAAACAUACAAAUAAAAGGAUAUGAUUUUCCUGUUUUAGAAAGCUAUACCACUUAUGUUAGUAAAUUAGCAAAAACAUUAGGCAUAGAGACUAACAGCUAUCCAGUACCAGGAAAGGCUGCAAAAGUAGAAUUAUUUUAUCAUGAGUCAGAAAAAGUAGAACACAAUUAUAAUUUAACUAAAUAUGAACGAGUCGUACAAAUAGAAAAUGUACCUUCAACAUUAUUGCCAAUAUUCAUAGAUGCUAUGAAAUUAAAUGCAGCACCUGGCAUAGAAGUAACUAUAAAAAAGCCUGAUCUUGUUGAAGAUGAUGAUCUUUACAUACCAGAUGAAGAAAUGUUGGCAAUGAGAGCCAGAGUGGUUGAGCUUGAAGAGAAAAGACAAGAUUUGAAGAAAGGAAAAAUAUGAAUUACAUUGAAUGUUUCUAACUGAAAUCUGUUUGUACCUCUGUGUCAAAAUUUUGUGGAAUAAAUAUUAAUAUUAUUGUU